UUUAGUGAUGGAGAGAAUCGCCAAAUCUGGUAAAAUGUUUAGUCGGGAUAAUUGCGCUUCUAAUUUCUUGAUUAUCCUGGCCGUUUUCUUAACCUUUUCUGCGAAUUCAGAAGCACGCCUGAUGAUACAUAAUAGAAGAAGUAGCCUCGCUUUAUUUCAUAAACUAGGUGCCGGUGAAGUGAAAAGACUCGUUCCAACCGGACCCAAUCCAGAAACUAGUCCAGGAACACCGCCGCCAGGUGCUGGUGAAGUGAAAAGACUUGUUCCAACCGGACCCAAUCCAGCGACUAGUCCAGGAACACCGCCGCCAGGUGCUGGUGAAGUGAAAAGACUCGUUCCAACCGGACCAAAUCCAGAGACUAGUCCGGGAACACCGCCGCCAGGUGCUGAUGAAGUGAAAAGACUCGUUCCAACCGGACCCAAUCCGGCGACUAGUCCAGGAACACCGCCGCCAGGUGCUGAUGAAGUGAAAAGACUCGUUCCAACCGGACCCAAUCCAGAGACUAGUCCGGGAACACCACCGCCAGGUGCUGAUGAAGUGAAAAGACUCGUUCCAACCGGACCCAAUCCAGAGACUAGUCCGGGAACACCACCGCCAGGUGCUGAUGAAGUGAAAAGACUCGUUCCAACCGGACCCAAUCCAGAGACUAGUCCGGGAACACCACCGCCAGGUGCUGAUGAAGUGAAAAGACUCGUUCCAACCGGACCCAAUCCAGAGACUAGUCCGGGAACACCACCGCCAGGUGCUGAUGAAGUGAAAAGACUUGUUCCAACCGGACCUAAUCCAGCGACUAGUCCAGGAACACCGCCACCAGGUGCUGAUGAAGUGAAAAGGCUCGUUCCAACCGGACCCAAUCCAGAGACUAGUCCGGGAACACCACCGCCAGGUGCUGAUGAAGUGAAAAGACUCGUUCCAACUGGACCCAAUCCAAAGACUAGUCCGGGAACACCACCACCAGGUGUUGAUGAAGGUGUUGAUGAAGUGAAAAGACUUGUUCCAACCGGACCCAAUCCAGCUAUUAGUCCAGGAACACCGCCACCAGGACUGCUAGGUUCAACUCGUUUGCCGUAGAUCAUCUCCAGAAGUUUAUUACACUCUUAUAAUGUAAUGCAUGCAGUAU